AUGAAUGUAUAUACAGGUUCAUCCUUUGAAAAGACAAUUAAUAGAACCACAACACAUCAAUACUUAGUCAGAAAAUAUGGAAAUAAAUCCAAUGAAUAAUAUUUCAAUUUCGAAGAAAUACUCAAUUAAAUUCAAGAUGUUUUUUGCAUGAGUUGUGAAAGUUAUGUGCCAUCUGAAUAAAUUAACAUACACACUCAAAAUUGUAAUGGAGAAUGCGAUCAAUAUGAAUAAGUGGACUCCUUACAAGCCAAAUUAUAAAAAUGUAACUUUCUUAUAAAUAAAAUCAAAAAGAUGCUAAAAACCUAUUCAUCUGAUUAAUAGUACAUCAUUCAAUAUUUAUAAAUGUUAUGGAAAUGCUGCAGUAACAUCAUCUUAGCUUCAGAUUAUAAUGUGGUUUCACAAUGCUUAGAUGAUUUAGAUUUAUUUCAAUAAUACUUCGAAAAUCAAUAAUAAGACGUCGCUGUUGAAUAAGUCAUCCAAUAGAUUUUGACUAUUAUCAGCAAAAUAAUGCAAUUUUCGGAAAGAAAAGCUCGAAUUUUAUAGAGCAAUUAAAAUAAUGUUAUCAACCACCUCAAAGAAUCAAUUGCCACGUCCUUAGCUAACGAAGGAGGCUUACAAAAAAAGCUUCAAAUUCAUGAGAACCAACUCAAUAGAUAUCGUAAUCCAUUUGAAAACGUUUAAAACAAUAUUCAUUAAUCAUUAAAAGAUGAUUUUUAAUCUAGAUUCAAAUAAGCAAAUAGAUAGUCGCUUUCCCCAAUUACUGAAACAAGUUUUAUCGAAAAAAGCAAAAUUGGAACUCUAACUCCGAGAAUGGAGGAAUCUAUGCAAAUAUCGUCAACAAUGUUUCAUAAAACUGAAGCUGAGAAGAAAAAUCAAUUCUUUAAAAUUGCUGCUGGUUUAAAAAAGAAAUUUCCAAAAAAAUAAUCAGUGUAAUAAGCCUUAAUAAUUGCAUUAUACGAUACUGCAAAUAAAAAUAAUAUCUAGUAACACUAAUAUGAAAAUUACAUAACUAAUUUAUAUCAAAAUAUGUGA